AUGUCUCCCCCGAAAAGGCGUAAACUCGACCGCAAGCCGCUAGACGAUGCUGAAGAGCCCUUUGCUGGUCCUCUUUUGUCCGACAUUAAUGCAGAAAUUGGCAUUGAGAUCGCUCUGCGACAGCGACUCCUUGACACUGUACAGUCGAGAAUAACCUGGGCUGUGCUCCUUCAAGAGUCUCUGCAACAACAAGCUAAUGGAUCUGCGUCCUCGGAGACUUUUCGAAACGUUGCCCUCGAUACCCUGUCCAUUAUUGAAGCACCUUCCAACUGCAUCCUAUCUCGUGAUCCUAUCCCGCCUCCAUCUGCCGUCCAACGUGCUCCUCGGCCCCCUCCUCGCAAGAAUUUGAUGCCAAAUCAUGCGAAAUCCAAGCCUUCGUUUCUGUAUAUUGGAUCUUCUGCUCUUCAUCACCCGAACGAAGCUUCUUCACGGCCUAAUUUCUACCUCCUCAAAUGCCCUCGCUGCUCUCGAACGACCUUCACAUCCUUGCAGGGUCUGCUAAAUCAUGCUCGUCUGACGCAUAAUCUAGAAUGGGGGACCCAUGAUGAAUGUAUUCGAGCUUGUGCUGCGCCAUGCGAUGAUUUGGAGGUGGAUUGUGGCAUAGAAGUUGGGACAGGUCCGACAGGUGUGCUACCUGCACUGCGGACCAUAUUUCAGCUGGCUGUUGGCGGACAAGGUUCUGCGGAGAAGGACGUAACCGUCACUAUUCAACAACCAGACAGUGCAAUGAACACCUCCAGCACUGCGCCUCCCACAACCCAUCUAAAUAAAACACUCGGAUUGCACGAAAACUCGCCCGCUCUGGCACCAUUUCUUGGAAAAGAGCCCAUCCGCCGACAAAUCAAGGUUGUUAAUGGGAAUGCCGACGUCGAUAUUGAGACGACGAACGAAUCCGGCGUAACGGCAAAGCGUGGCUGGAGGUUGCCUUUCACGCAUCGCAACUUUGAAUUGAAUGCAGAGUCCGAGUCGCAGGAUCUAUCACCUGAAUCUGACACUCCUUCCCAGCUUGACCGCAUGAAGGCUAGUUCAACGGUAUCUGCUCAGACCAGGUUCUAUAUCAUUUCACGGAUUGUAAUCACCGAUGGAAGCAUGUGGAUACCUCCAGAAAAAAGAACGCCUGAGCACCAAGAGUAUACGCAUAAGUGGAUGAUCUCGGUGGAUUCGCCGUCAUAUACUCAUCACAUAACUACACUUCUUGAAAGUCUCAAGGUUACAGCCUCUGAUUCGAGCCUCUCGAUGCCUGCAAUACCUGUAGUGACAAGCCCACCCUUUGUGGUGUUUGGUUUCUCAGAUAGACCGUUCCUCGCAAGAAUCGACUUGUCUUUUUGCGGAACGCCUUCUCAAGGGAAACAGAUUCAUGUCUUUUAUCAUUGGGUUGAUUUAGACCCUAUCCAUACCUCACAGGUUGUGAUGGGAGAAGAACAAAUGGUGGAUGUCGAGCUGGACAAGAACACGGCUGUGAAACCCCCACAGCUCAAUUACACUCCUGGCCUUUCGAAAAGCCUCUGGAACAUGCCAGUGAAUGGCAACAGCAGCCGAGGCGUGCAGGCGAAACAAGACGAAGGCGGUGACGCCCUUGAAAUAUGCUCUGAUGCAGACGAUGAAAAUAUCUUAUCGAAGAUAGCAAAACAGUUUCCUAUGACGCGCAAAGAUAUCAAGGGACCUCGACCGCAAGGCGUCGACUUACCAUACUUCCUUGCCUCUGAUCCAAUGCACUUUAAAAGCCUGGUGGUCGGACGCAGAAAAGCGAUCGAGUGGGCUCGUGCGCGAGCUGUUCAACUCGCAUAUAAUGAGGUUGUUCAAAAAGAUAACCAGCAGCCAUCUAUAUGUCUAUCAGUUGGAGAUGUCUACUCCUGGAUGUCGGAACAUCACCAUUUCCACAGAAGCCAACCUCCCAUCGUGAAAGAGGACCCGAAUACUUUGAGCAGCUUCAACGGAGAACCUCCGACGUGGUGUCGCAUUUGUGGCCUUGAAGCGAAGCUGCAUCGUAUCCGCAAUAUUGUCAAAUCGGAAGCAUCAGUUCAAGAAACGGAAUUCAAGCGCGAAUCAAUCUCAUCUCCUGCCGCUUCUCCAACUACUUGUCUUGAAUGCCCAUUUUCUCCUCAAACUCUGCAAGUCCCGAAAUUAUCGAAAGUUGACAUUCAUCAACUCUUGUUCAGGUCCUGUGAAUCCUCACAACGACGUGCCCAAAGGUUUCCAGACCCAAUUCUUUGCGAUGGCAAGGCCUUGGUUUCCUCGGCCGACCCUCAUCUCACUCUAUCCAUUCGAAAGCUAGUCGAGACCACCCGUUCCGUGAAUCCUGCGGAUGCACCGCAUUCAUUGUUUCCAAUAUCCGAACUGGGAGAUGACGCAAAAGAGGUAGAGAAGGCACUCGCUCCGCAUGCCCUCCUGUCCCUCCUGACCAGACCAUUCAUCCACACUCUGAUUCGCCGCGGUCUCGCAGCCUCCGACCGCGAUAAAGCGACAUCCGUGGCUACUCCCUCAACGUCCAGAACGACCCGGAAGGCUGACUCCAAGCUGACUCGCCUGCUGACCCCACGACACAUCCUCUCCGGGAUUCUAACACGCGGUCCAGAAGCCGCUCAGGAUCCAUUGGAUGACGUCCUCCGGACGUGCCUUUCGAAGCUGGGAGUCGCUGUCGAUGAUGACUUGCCAGCUCCUAGUCGCCAAGGCGAAUCUGGCGUGAGGGUGAAGACGGAAGAGGAGCUGGUGUCCCUCUCAUCAAUGAACCCAGCCAGCCUGUAA